AAUGUUCUUGAUUAGUCAGGGUGUCAAAGGUUACAGGGAGAAGGCAGGAGAGGUUCAGAGGGAUAGUAAGUCAGCCAUGAUGGAAUAGCAAAGCAGGUGAUGGGCCGAAUUCUGUUGCUUUGUCUUGUUUUCUAAUUAGCGGCGCCCGGUGACAUCGGCGGUAGCUUCCCGCUCUAACUCCAAGCGGGAUGGUCCCGCGAAAUCCAGCUGACGGUGAAGUUUCAGCGCGGGCACCGGUCAGCCGGACAGUUGGAUGAAAACGGCGGAGAGGUGCUGGUUGUGAAACGGGUUUGUACUUGGAGGGCUGGUGAAGUCAAACUCCUGAACGAUCUCCCGACCGCGUGAUUGGACAUCGGCAGCCGAAUCCGACCAACCCCAGCGAGCGCGGAUGGGAGGAACCGGGCGACCAGCCUCUUGUUUGUGUGUUGAAUGCGCGCAGCUCUGUUUGUGCCUGCCGGAGAAAGUGGCUGUCGUUAGUACAGGAACGUGUUAACUCCCCAAAUCCGAGCGCCGAGACUCCUCACACGGACCCCAGCCUUCGGAUGGACCACCGUGCUUCUGCAUACUCAAUAAAUCCAAUGUUUCAAUGUGUCCUGCAGUUCGUACUCCCCGCGGUCACCGCCACUCCCUCAUCUUGCUGUCUGGGAGACUAGCACGUUUCGACUGGACCCACGGGUGAUAAAAUGCUCCAUACAGCUCCCAGUGGUUGGCCCCUCAUCUCGAGUCUGUUCCCCUUGUUUCGGGACACUGUACCCUGAGGGAACAUUGCCCCUGUGUCUCCAUGGAAUGCUGCAGGGCCACUUAUUCAUCUAAAUGCUUGCGAAGACUGACCCUUCUUACUUUUGGAAUCAUACGGGGUGGCGAGGUGUGCUGUGGUAGCGUGGUGGUCAGCGUAACACUAAUACAGCACCAGCGACUGGGCCAAUUCCACACCCCCACCUUGUCUGUAAGGAGUUGGUUCGUUCUCUCCGUGACUACGUACGUUUCCUCCAGGCGCUCUGGUUUCCAAAAACAUUCAGGUGUGAAGGAGAACAAAAUAAUCGUUUAUGCCGAUCCGAUGGAGCACAAAAACACAAUAAGGGUCAACGAUGCGCAAGGGAGAACAUUAGCUCACUUGGUCAGGGCUGAGGUGUGAGAAUCCCACUUCAUUGUGCUGGGGGGACGAGGCCAUGGGUGAGAAUGACAGCGACAAGAGCAACCAGGCCGGGCAGCUCUUUGAAAACUUUGUGCAGGCGUCGACUUUCCGGGGAACGCUGCAGGCCUUCCACAUCCUUUGCCGCCAGCUGGAUCUCGACCCCCUGGAGCACCAGAUGUUCUACUGCAACCUGAAGUCAAGGGUCAACACCUGGAAGGCCAAAGCCCUUUGGAACAAGCUCGACAAACAGAGCAAUCACAAGGAGUACAAGAAGGGCAAUGCGUGCCCUGACACACAGUGCCUGAUCAUUGGGGCCGGACCCUGUGGACUCCGAACCAGCAUCGAGCUGGCACUGCUGGGCUGUAAGGUGGUUGUGCUGGAGAAGAGGGAGACCUUCGCCCGAAACAAUGUUCUUCAUCUCUGGCCGUCAACUAUUCAGGACUUGCGAGCCCUGGGAGCCAAGAAGUUUUACGGCAAGUUCUGUGCCGGAGCGAUAGAUCACAUCAGUAUCCGCCAGCUGCAACUGAUCCUUGUCAAGGUGGCCUUGUUGUUAGGGGUGGAGAUUCACGUUGGUGUGGAGUUCCAGCAGUUACUGGAACCCCCUGAAGACCAGGACACAGAAGACGUAGGCUGGCGCGUGGAGUUAUUACCCAGGGACCACCCUAUCUCCGCAUUUACCUUCGAUGUAAUUGUCGGCGCUGAUGGUCGGAAGAGCAGUUUGCAAGGCUUCAGGAGGAAGGAGUUCCGGGGGAAGCUGGCCAUUGCCAUCACGGCCAAUUUCAUCAAUCGCAACACCACAGCGGAGGCGAAGGUGGAGGAGAUCAGCGGAGUGGCUUUCAUCUUCAACCAGAAGUUCUUCCAGGACCUGAAGGAGGAGACAGGGAUUGACCUGGAGAACAUUGUUUACUACAAGGACAACACCCAUUACUUUGUGAUGACAGCAAAGAAACAGAGCCUGCUGGACAAAGGGGUCAUCAUCAAUGAUUACGUUGAUACAGAAAUGCUCCUGGGCACCGAGAAUGUGAACCAGGGUGCCCUCUUGUCCUACGCCAGGGAAGCAGCCGACUUCGCCACGGAUUACCAGCUUCCAGCUCUGGACUUUGCGAUGAACCACAAUGACCAGCCCGACGUGGCCAUGUUCGACUUCACCUGCAUGUACGCGGCAGAGAACGCCUCGCUGGUCCGCGAGCGGCAGGGCCAUCAGCUGCUAGUGGCUCUGGUUGGCGACAGCCUGUUGGAGCCUUUUUGGCCGAUGGGGACAGGGUGCGCGCGUGGGUUCCUUGCUGCGUUGGACACUGCAUGGAUGGUCAAGAGGUGGGCGGAAAAGGUGCCGACUCUGGAGAUCUUGGCGGAGAGGGAGAGUAUUUAUCGAUUGCUGCCUCAAACUACGCCAGAGAACAUCAGCAAGAACUUUGAACAGUACACAAUAGAUCCUGCUUCACGAUACCCCACCCUCAACUCCAACUGUGUGCAGCUGCAUCAGGUCCGCCAGCUCUACAUUACCACCGAUCUGAAGAGCUGUCCGCUCGAGAGAGUCAACUCCCUGCGGAAGUCCGACAAAGUCUCCCGCCGUGAUUCGGAGAUUCGUCCCAAUAGGUUGUUGACGUGGUGUCAGAAGCAGACCGAGAGCUACGAGAACGUGAAGAUCACCGAUCUGACCAGCUCCUGGCGCAGUGGCCUGGCACUGUGCGCCAUCAUACACCACUUCUGCCCGCACCUCAUUGACUUUGACUCCCUGAACGAGGAAGAUGCAGCCAAGAACAACCAGCUGGCCUUUGACAUUGCGGAGCGGGAGUUUGGUAUCUCUCCGGUCACCACAGGGAAAGAGAUGGCCUCUGUCAGUGAGCCUGACAAGCUCGGUAUGGUCAUGUACCUCUCCAAGUUCUAUGAACACUUCCGAGGGAACACCACAUCCACCCCCUCAGCUGUGUUCCAGCACAGGAAGGAAGGAAGUAAUGACGUUUCAUCACUGACAUCCAGACAAUCAAAUUCCCUCUGUAACGUUAUCAACCUGUUACCAAGGAAACGGACACCAAAGGAAAAGAAAAGUGAGGAUAAAGAUGGAGUGAGCAAGCGGCGGAAGAAGGCUGUCACGGACUGGCAGGAGGCUGCAGAUCGCAAGAGUGACCGGAGUGCAGCAAAGGAUGUGGUCAACCACAACAAGGUCAAGUCAAUGGCGAGCCAGUUACUGGCCAAGUUUGAGGAGAACGCGCCAAGCACAUCACUGCGGAGACAGGCACCUUCCUGUGUAAUGAAAUCUUCAUCACCCGUUAUGUCUGAGUGUCACAAGAACCCUCGCUUCCUUAACUCCCGGGACCAGACAGGAUCUGACCUCUGCUCACGACCCAGACAGUCUGACCUUGCAGCCCAUGCUGACCAAGUGAUCAGAGAGGCCAAGUCCAUCAGGAUGGCAGAGAGCCAGACAGGGCUGACCAAACGGCUGUCAGUGACUCCUCAUUCUGCCCUCGCUCUCUCCGGUGUCCUGCAACGCCUUCAGCGUCUGGAAGAGACACUCGAACAGAGGAGGGCUCUGUCGCUGGCACAAGGUGAAGUUCCCUUUAGCAGGAAGAGCAUUAAGGAGCGAGGGGCUCACCUGACGGCACUCUUUGGGGCCAGGACCCUCAAGCAACAGCCGGCGCUGUCAGAUUCCAUCUCAUGUCGUCCCGUCUCAAGUGCUUGCUCCGUCCACAGCUCCUCCUCCACCACGCCUCCUGCUCUCCACCCGCCAACACAGGUACGUGAUAUCAAGGAGGCUGCCCUUCAUUUGGAAAGGAUGUUUCUCAGCAGAAAUGAUGAAUCGAGGGCUCGGGCUGAGAAGACAGCAGAGACACCUUGUACCAAACCCUGUCCCUCAAGUGAAAACGGGAGCUCUCGAUCUACAAACUCCAACCAGCGCUGUCACAGACAGAUGACAGUGGGGAAGGUGUCGGCAUUGAUUGGAGAAAUGGCUGAGGUUCUGGUGGCUCUCUAUCGUACCGAUCACAGGCCCAACGCGGUGGUCACCCCUCCUCAACAGGGGUCCCUGAGGAGAGAAUUCCCCCAGAACCUCGGGGGCAGUGACAUCUGCUACUUCUGCAAGAAGCGGGUCUAUGUGAUGGAGCGACUGAGCGCAGACGGGAAGUUCUUCCACCGGGAGUGCUUCAAGUGUGACUUCUGUUCCACCACGCUGCGGCUCGGAGCCUAUGCUUUCAGCACGGAGGAAGGAAAGUUCUACUGCAAGCCUCACUUUACCUACUGCAAAAUGAAUAACAAGGCAAGAAAGCGGCGAAGUCACUCCUCAUCGUUGACGCACAAAAAGGGUGAAGCCGUGCCUUUAGCUAAUCCGGAGGGUGAGGCAUCAGAGAGCCUCUGCACUGCCAGCAUUGCUGCCGUCACACCCCCAGUUUUUGCAUCCCAGUCUGAAUCAAUCAGCAGCCAUAGAUCAAAUUGUGUGCCUGUAAUCUCGGACUUUUCCAGAACACCACCGGCCCUGGGGGUUCACUCCCCGAUAUGGUCUCCAGACACAACGGAUGCUCGCCUGUUGGCGGUCAGGGCAAUGGUGACCAGUGACGGCAGCAGCAGCUCUGAAACAGAAAUGGAACAACCCAAUGUGAUGGACACUUCAAGCUCAGGAGCCUCCAUACCAGCCGCAAUAGGUAUGGGACCCAGAACCGAGAUGACCCAGGCCACAGGGGAAGUAAAGACAUGUCCACACAGCACAAGCUCCAAACCCCAGGAAGCCCCAAGUCGAACUUACGGCUUCAGUUCCCUGGCCACAGACAGGCAGGAGAGAUGGAGGAACAGACUACGUAACAAGCUGCCACUGUUGCUACGCAAGAAGAUGGAACAGCCAGUGAGAGAGGGAGCUGUGAGCCCUCCAAUCUCUCCUGGGGAUCACGAACACACAUUGCAGCUCUGGCCAAAGCUGAUGAGAGGUCACUCCUUACCUAUCAGGUCACCACGGCAACAAAAAGAUGCUAGAAAUCCAGAGGUUGCCGGCUCCGUUUCUCAACCUCCUCUAGGAACCAAAGUUAAAAUCCAACUGACCACCAGGAAGCUGCAGCCGCCCCCCUCAAACCAGUCCCCCAGGAUUGUCCACAAGUUGUCAUUCAAGGGCUGCAGUGACCUUUCAAAGACCAAGGAGGGACAAGCGGUGGAGUCACAGUUCCGGCCUAAAGUGAGCGUAAGGCUCAAGGACACCCUUGGCCCAGAAGCCUCCUCCUCCGAAUGUGGUGACACCAGAACAGGAGCCAUGGAAGCCGGGGACACAUCUAUAAACGGAGAUGGCAUCAACACUGCCACAGCAUCGCCCCACUUGUCGGACUGGAGCUCUCCCAUCCCUGGGCGGGUUUUCAUGGAAAAAGAGCCAGAGGAUGUGGGGUCUAAAGGAGUGGAGAAUAGGGCCGGAGAGAUGUACCUCCUGAAUCGCGAUAGAGAUGAGACCCGGUCGUCAGACUUGAUCCAACCAACCACCUCAAUAUCCUCAGACAUGCGUAACCCCCCCAUGUCUCCCAGUGUGGAAGGUGUCCACAUCAAAAGUCCAAGUCAGGAAUCUCCCAAGUCUCCUCUGAGUUUCUUGGUGAAUGCAUUUAGGAAGUCUUUCUUCGACAGUAGGAAUUCUGGGCUGUUGGACACAGUGGACCAGACCAAUGAGAAGAAAACAAAGAUGAGGUGGACCAGACCCUUCUCAAACAGUUUGUCUCUAGGACUCUUCAACACUUCUACUCCAGACACUUUCCUGGUACCAAAGGGUGGUUCCAUGAGGCCACAAUCUCCUGUUCCCAACCAGGACAUUGAAUCAUCUUUGGGACCUCUCCCUUCACCAAACCUGGGCGAUAUCCCUGGCUCCCCCCUGCUCGGCGCCUUAUCCGAGGACACUAACAGAGGUGACAGGAAAGACCAGCGUCCUUCCCACAUGAGAGGGCAGCAGAAGGCAGAUGAGCUAGGUUCCGGGGGGCAUGUCUCGCCGAAGGCAGGUAGUCCUGGUUGGAGAGAUGUUCCCAGCAGUUGGACCAAGCGCUUCUUUCCCUCAGUGAAGAAGGGAAGCCCAACCCAGGAGAUCAAUGAGAACCUAACCUCUGCUUCAGAGGUGGCUAAGGAGGGGAGUCGGAAGGGUGAUGUCUGGAGGCUGAUGAAUAGCUUCAAGAGAAAGAGCUUCAGGCACAGAGAGAUGAAGAGAUCACUGCCCGAAGUAUUCUGCUCUAUGCCUGCUUCCUCCAUCCAAGAUGCUCACGGACUUGACACGCUCCCAGGUCCCAAGGUCCAGCUGGUGGGACCCCAGUUGCCUGAAGAUGAAUCUGAAUCCUCCUUGAAUGAUCCGUCUGAAGACAAAGGAAAGCUGAGGUCCUUGCCGCCCAAGGAAUUCCAGGAAGGUGAAAGGAGGCAGAGGAAGGAGCGAAAUAAUGCACUCCAGAAGCUGAAACAAGAGGAAGUGAAACGACUCUACAGGGCACAGAUCGUUCAGCGUCAGUUGCAGGAGGUGGAGGAGAAGCAACGACUAUUGGAGGAACGCGGUGUGUUGCUGGAGAAAGUUCUUCGCGGCGAGUCAGAGCUUGACUCAAAGGAAGAACCUCAGCUCAUGCAGAAGUGGUUCAAGCUGGUGAUGGAGAAGAACGUAUUGGUUUGUUACGAAGCUGAACUCAUGAUAUUUGCCCAGGAGCUGGAGCUGGAAGACCAUCAGAGCCGAUUACAGCAGCUGCUUCACCGUCGGAUGGAAGUGGAAGAGCACCAGAAAACAGAGGAAGAAAUGGUCGAGGAAGAGCAGAUGAGAAGUGAAAUAUUGGAGGUGAUGGAACAGAGAGACAAGUUAGUGGCACUGCUGCGAGAGCAACAGCAGCAGGAGGAGGAGGAGAACCAGGAUUUGGAGAGCUGGAUGUUAGCCAAAGGUUACAGGUUCAACUGGUCCUGAGUCAGAGCCGUCCCGACUGAGGGUUCGUGGACAGAUCGCACCCGCCUGGGGCUUCCAGCAGCACCAGCAUGUUGAUAAGGGGUGUCUGAAAAUUCGUUCAUAUUCAUUCCUCGUUCUUUCCUGGACCAGCAGUAAGGGGUACCCGUAAACAAAGCAGGCUAUGCUGCACAUUUAAGAGUUUGUAAAGAUGAGAUUUAUCUGUCACAUGUGCAUUGAAACAUCAAAACAAAUCAGGGAGGAAUACACUGGAGCAAUCUUUAAAAUAAAGAUCAUCUUUAUUUGUCACAAGUACAUCAAAACAUCCAGUGACGUGUGUUGUUUCUGUCAAAUCCAAUCAGGGAGGAUUGCUGGGGGCAGCCCACAACUGUCACCACACUUCCGGUGCCAUCAUAGUAUGCCCACAACUUACUAACACUAACCCGUACAUCUUUGGACUGUGGGAGGAAACCAGAGCACCCAGAGGAAACCCACACAGUCGCAGGGAGCACAUACAAACUCCGUACAGACAGUCAUGGGGAGUACAUAUUUCCCUCCUCUCCCUCUCCCUUCUCCUCCCUCUCUUCCACCCCUCUCUUCAGUUCUUGAGUUGUGACACAAGCUUAAGGGAGAAUUUCCACUUGCAUGAAGAAACCGUCCCUUUUUGUAUCUUGCAUGACCUUUUAUUCUGAUUAUGUUUCCAGACAAACAUGUUCUUCCCAAUUAUCUACUCUCAAAGCUGCUGCUUUGACCAAAUUCUCAAAACAUGGCUGUGCACUGGUACUUUCUCAAAACAUUCCCACGUCCCAGACUAACACCAUUUUGUCUUACACAUUUUAGAAUGUGCAGUACUGUGCACAUAUAUAUAGCUAGGGUGCCUGAGACUUUUGCCCAGGACUGUAUUUGUCGAUGUAGAGCAGAGAGUGAGUUUGUAAAUCAGGCAGGAGCAAAGGAUGUCGGGAAUGGUGAGGGUGGAGUGCCGUGGGAGGGGUGUGGGACAGGUGGCAGAGAAGGAGUGAUAGGGGUGGGGUGGUGCAGGUGCAGACACCCCCAACCCGGAGACACAAGUCAAGGUCGUUUGAUUCCAAACAAUGGGUUUAUUGAUCAUUACAGAAUGUCUCUCUGGUGCUUCCUGCUCCCUCCCCUCUCCCUUCCCCUUUUCCCAACCAUGAUUGCCCUCUCCCUGCCCCCUUCCCACUCUCAGUCAUGAUGCACCAUCAAUAACUUCAAAAGACUGGAAGUAGAGUAAAUACUGAAAGGCUUUUAUUAGCAGUAAAAUGUGACCUCCAGCAUGCUGAGUGUCUGCCCCUGGACUGACAGGAGGAGCCAUGGCCCAAUCACCUUUAUUCAGGGGCCUGUGGGAGGAGCCACAGGGGCAGUCAGCAGAGGGGCCUGUCCAGACAGGUAACCCAGUUACAACAUAUAUAUAUAUGGUUUACCACAAGUCAGUUCAUAAUACAUACCCAUAUCAGAAUCAGGUUUAUCAUCACUCACAUAUCUCAUAAAAUUUGUUUUUUUUGUGGCAGCAGUAUGGUGCAAUACAUAAAAUUACUUCAGUACUGUGCAAAGGUCUUGGGCUCCCGAGUGAUAUAUAUGUUCCUAAGACUUUGCACAGUAAUGUACCAAGGAGAAUCAAAUUUAACUCUUUCCUUACAAGUGGGGGGGGGGGUGUCAUUUAGAACACAGAACAGUACAGCACAGUAAAGACCCUUUGGCCCACAACAUUUUGUAGACUUUUAACAUGCUUUAAGAGCAGUCUUACCCUGAGCCUGAUGAAAGGCCUCAGCCUGAAAUGUUGACUGUGUAUUCCUUCCCACAGCCUGACCUCCUAAGUUCCUCCAGCCUGUUAUGUGUGUCAAUUGAACCCUACCCUUCCACAGGAGGAGCUGCUUUUCCCAGAGGGUGGUGAAUCUGUGGAAUUCUCUGCCCAAUGAAGCAGUGGAGGCUAUCUCGGUAAAUAUAUCUAAGACAAUGUUGGAUAGGUUUCCGCGUAGCAGGGGAAUUAAGGGUUAUGGGGAAAAGGCAGGUAGGUAGAGAUGAGUCCAUGGCCAGAUCAGCCAAGAUCUUAUUGAAUGGCUGAGCAGGCUCGACUGGUCGGGUGGCCGACUCCUGCUCCUAUUUCUUAUGUUCUCAUGGUCCCAACACAGACCCCUGUGGAACACCAGUAGUCACCAGCAGCCAGCCAGAAAAGGCCCCCUUUAUUCCCACUCUUUGCCUGCAGCCAAUCAGCCACUGCUUUAUCCAUGCUAGAAUCUUUCUUGUAAUACCAUGGGCUCAUAGCUUGUUAAGCAGCCUCAUGUGUGGCAGCUUGUGGAAGAUCUUCUGAAAAUCCAAAUACACAACCUCAAACAAUUCUCCUUUGUCUAGCCUGCUUAUUAUUUCUUCAAACAAUUCCAUCAGAUUUAUCAGGCAAGGUUUUCCUUUGAGGAAACCAUACUGACUAUGGCCUAUUUUAUCAUGUGCCUCCAAGUACCCUGAGACCUCAUCCUUAAUAACCGACUCCAAGAUUUUCCCAACCACUGAGGUCAGAUUAAUUGGUCUAUAGUUUCCUCUCUUCUGCCUCUCUCCAUUCUUGAAGAGUGGAGUGACCCUUGCAAUGUUUCAGUCUUCCAGAACCAUUCCAGAAUCUAGUGAUUGUUGAAAAAUAAUUUCUAAUGCCUCCACAAUCUCUUCAGCCACCUCUUUCAGAACGCUGGAGUGCACCAUCUGGUCCAGGUGACAUCUCUACCGUCAGACCUUUCAGUUCCCAAGAUCCUUCUCUCUAGUUAUGGUAACUUCACACACUUCAUGCCCCCAACCCCUGGAUCUUCCACCACAAUGCUAGUGUCUUCCACAGUGAAGACUGAUGUAAAAUACUUAUUCAUUCUUCCGCAUUUCACCUUCCCCCAUUACUACCUUUCCAGCAUCAUUUUCCAGAAGUCUGAUAUCCACACUCACCUCUCUUUUACACUUCAUGUAUCUGAAGAACUUUUGGUAUCCUCUUUAAUAUUAUUGGCUAGCUUACUUUCGUAUUCCAUUUUUACCUUCUUAAUGGUUUUUUUUUUGUUGCCUUCUGGUGGUUUUUAAAAGCUUCCCAAUCCUCUAACUUCCAUUAAUUUUUGCUCUAUUAUAUGCCCACUCUUUGGUUUUUAUGUUGGUUUUAACUUCUCUUGUUAGCCAUGGCUGUCUCAUCUUUUCCUUUAGAAUACUUCUUCCUCUUUGGGAUGUAUAUAUCCUGUGCUUUCUGAAUUCUUUCCAGAAACUCCAGCCAUUGCUGCUCUGCCAUAAUUCCUGCCAGUGUUCUUUUCUAAUCAAUUCUGGCCAACUCCUCUCUCAUGCCUCUGUAAUUCCCUUUACUCCACCGUAAUAUUGUCACGUUUGUCUUUAGCUUCUCCUUCUCAGAUUUCAGGGUGAAUUUGAUCAUAUUAGAAAUUCCUCCUCCUGCAUAUCAAAAUCCCCAGGACUAUUGUAACAUUGUCCUUUUGGCAUACAUUUUCUAUCUCCCUUUGUAAUUUGUAGACCAUAUCCUUACUACUGUCUCGGGGUCUGUAUACAACUCUUAUCAGGGUCUUUUUACCCUUGCUCCCAAAGCCUUCCUGAUGAGUGGGUACAGAAGCAAGGCAGCGGAGAUUUGAGUUCAGAGAUUUUCUUCUUCAAGAUGAGCUGCCAACCGCAGCUGAUGAGUCCCAUCUGCCUGAAGUGACUGGUUUUAAGGAGCCAGUAAUCCACCUUUGCCCCUUCUCCAGUCAGUAGAAACAGUUCUGCCGGGUUUAGUAGCUAAGCCACAUGUGAUUAGUGUGUGGUAAUCUGUAAUGAAUAAGGCUUCUGCGAUUACGAGAAGGGAAAACAAGUUCCACUAAAGGAGGGAUGUGAUGAAUCUUUUGAUGAGCUGAGUUCUGAGAAUUCAUUGAAGCUGCUGUCAGGUGAGUCCGAAUCUGAAUCAGAUUUAUUAUCACAGACUUAAAUGUUGUGAAAUGUGUUGUUUUAUGGCAGCAGUACAGUGCAAUACAUAAAAUUACUCUAACUUGCAAAAAUAAAUAAAUAAUACAAAAUUUGGAGUUCAUGAUCUGUGGAUCAUUCAGAGAAUUGAUGGUGGAGGACAGGCUGCUGAAUUUUGCCACAUUUAAUUUGGUAAAUUGGUUUAUUAUUGUCAGAUACACUGAAAAAACAAAUUUUAGAUAGGGCAGGCUUUUUCCGCUGAGAUUGGUUAAGAAUAGAACUAGAGGUCAUAGGUUAAGGGUGAGAGGUGAAAUGUUUAAGGGAACCUGAGGGGGAACUUUUUCAUCCAGAGGAUGAAAAAGCUGGCAGCACAAGUGGUGGAUGUGAGGUCGAUUUCACAUUUAAGCAAAGUUUGGAUAAGUACAUGGAUGGGAGGGGUAUGCUGGACUGUAUUCCGGGUGAAGGGUGAUGGGAUCAGGUAGAAUAACAAAGGAUGCUGUAGUACUGUAAUGCUCUAUGACUGUCUGUGAACAUAAUAAAGUAAUUGAUUCACUUAUUUCCGGCGAAAUUCUGAUCAUCUUUAACCUGAAUAUUUGGAAAUUCUGAUGUAUAGGCAUCCAAGUGGCUCCAGUAUCCUCUUUACCU